AUGUCUAAUGACAAUGACAAUUUCAACUACAGCAAUAAUUCAUUUCUUGGUGAUCAUGAAUCAAUAUCGAAUGUAGUUAAAUUUUGGGUCUAUCUUAUUUUUCUCAUUCCAUCAAUUAUUUGUUCAAUGUUUGCCCUCUAUUAUCUUUUGUGGAAUCGAACUUUACGUCAUGCACUUCAUAAUCAUGCUAUUAUUAUUUUUCUUUCUAUUGGUUUAACUUAUGAAGUAACAAUUUAUCCAUGGAUGCUUCUUUUUUUUUACAAGGAAGGUAUAUGGGAAAGGACACAUUUCUUUUGUAGUCUCUGGUUAUUUAUUGACUGGGGACUCUACUAUACUCAAACAAUACUUUUUGCAUGGGCCACAAUGGAAAGACAUAUUUUAAUCUUUCAUGAUAAAUGGGUAUCUACAAAAACGAAACGUUUAUUAGUACAUUAUAUGCCUUUAGCUAUACUUGCUUUCUACUGCCUCAUAUAUUAUAGUGCGACCAUAUUAUUUCCACCUUGUAAAAAUACUUUCAAUGGUUAUAUCAUGAUUUGUGUCGAUGGUUGCUUGUUUAAAUCUUUUUUACUUCACACAUAUGAUACAGUUACUCAUCAAAUAGUACCGCAUUUAAUUAUUGUUGGAUCUAGUAUAGGUUUAUUAAUACGAAUUCGUUGGCAAAAACAUCGUAUAGGUCAAUCGUUAAAAUGGCGAAAACACUGGAAAAUGACAGUUCAAUUGUUGUUUGUCUCGAUUAUUUACCUUAUAUUUGGUUUGCCAUCUACACUGUUGCAUCUUUUAUCUUUUUGUGGUGUAUCAAAUUAUGUAACAGUUGUAUUUUCACAAUAUGCACUAUUUUUGAAUUAUUGUACAAUUCUUCUUUGUCCAAUUGCUUCUGCUGUAUCAUUACCUCAAUUACGAAACGAAAGGAUGAACUUCUUACGAUUACGAGGUCGAGGAAGAGCUGUUGCACCGAUAACAUAG